GUGAGGGAGGGUGAGUGCGUCCCAUGUUUGGUGUUUAGAUGCUGGUGAGUGUCUGUCACUGCAGUCAUUCUACAAGGGCAGCACCUGGGGGAGAUAUCACAUGGCGGACUGUCUGCUGUCUCAGGGGGUCCAUGUCUUGGGGGUGCUGGCUCUGUCCUACCUGGUUCUCAAACAGUCAUGGAAGCUGCUGAUGGGAUUCUGGACCCAUAUUCUCUCCCGGUGGUGGAGGACUGACCUUAGGAAGUAUGGAGGCUGGGCAGUGGUAACAGGAGCAUCAGAUGGGAUAGGAAAAGCCUACGCAGAGGAGUUGGCCCGGAGGGGACUCAAUGUCGUCCUCAUCAGUCGGACUCUGAAGAAGCUGCAGAGCGUUGCGGAAGGAAUAGAGCUCCAGACAGGACGCAAAACAAAGAUAAUCCAGGUGGAUUUCACAGGAGGACCUGAAAUCUAUCCCAAAAUUGAAGAAGGUUUAAAGGACAUGGACAUUGGAAUCCUUGUAAAUAAUGUUGGAAUAUUAUAUAGUGAAUUGGAAUGUAAGAUUCUCGAUGUGCCCGAUGUAGACCAGAGCUUAAACAACAUUAUUAACUGCAACAUCCUGUCAGUAGUGCACAUGACCAGACUUGUACUGCCGCAGAUGGUGUCACGGAAGAAAGGCCUGAUUAUAAACAUGUCAUCUGGAAUUGGAACUCACCCUUACUCAUUGUACACGGUAUACAGUGCCACAAAGGCCUUUAUGGACUUCUUUUCCCGUGGUGUCCAUGCUGAAUAUAAAUCGGAUGGGAUUACAGUACAGUCCGUGCUGCCGCUCUUGGUCUCCACCCCCAUGAACCUUUCCAUAGAGGAUACUAUUACUGUAAAAAAAGCAGAGGAUUUCGCCAGGGAAGCCCUGAACACCGUGGGGUACACCACUCGGACCGCCGGCUGCCUCUCUCACUCGAUACAGAGCUAUGCCCUGGGACGCUUCCUCCCGCACACCACCGAAUCCUUCAACCUGCUGAUAAACUUUGGUAUAAAAUUCAGCAAGUUGACGGGGAAAUCCAAAAAGCAGUAACGCGGAGCUGCGGGAGGAUGAGCCAACGAUGCCGUCUGUUGCUCUACCGGUGACCGCCGCUUGCCGACUCCUGAGUAAAUGACAAUAUUAAGAAGAGUGUGAUUUCCUUGAGCCCUGUUCUGCAAUGCGGCUGUCUUUGAGCUCUUUACAUAAUGAGAACUGGCCAUAAUACUCUGUAAGCUCCUAAAUGCCGGAUUUUAUUAUAGAGUAUGCCUCCCUAACUUAUACCAAUAACCUGCAGAUAUUUCACAUUAAUGACAAACUAACCCAAGUAUGUAUAAUUUACACAUUGUUACAUAACUGACCUCUCUAGUGCUAUGCAGAGCAUUCCGCUGCUCCAUCUACCCCCUGACAGAUACACACGAGGGUAUGGGUUAGGCACUAGGGGGAGGGUUAUGGUUAGGCUUCGGGAGAGGGGCAGUUAGGGUUAGGCUGCGGGAGAGGGGCGGUUAGGGUUAGGCUGCGGGAGAGGGGCAGGUUAGUGUUAGGCUGCGGGAGAGGGGCAGGUUAGUGUUAGGCUGUGGGAGAGGGGCAGGUUAGGGUUAGUUAGGGUUAGGCUGUGGGAGAGGGGCAGGUUAGGGUUAGGCUGCGGGAGAGGGGCAGUUAGGGUUAGGCUGUGGGAUAGGGGCAGUUAGGGUUAGGCUGUGGGAUAGGGGCAGUUAGGGUUAGGCUGUGGGAUAGGGGCAGUUAGGGUUAGGCUGCAGAAGGGCUGGGGUAGGAAUAAAAUGGUUACCCAGAAGCCAUCUGCAUUCUCAGCAUCGGAAUUCUGGUGUCGGGUUCUCGACCGCUGGGAUCUCAUACCCAACCAAGAGAUAUGUUCUGCAGAUUAUUACAUUACUGACCAGGUAGAGAUGUGCAGAUCAUUUCUAUGUCCUAUCUACCCCCUAACAGAUACAUAGGGGCAAAUUUACUAAUUAUUAGGUUUCAGACCGGAUAAUGAGAAUUUCUUAUUGCUGCUAUUCAUGACAAUAAGAAAUCUGCAUGCCCCUGAAUGUACUAAAAUUCACCAGCAAGGACAGGGGCACAGAAAGGAGCCUGUCCCCACCAUAUGCAAAGAAGGGGAAUGGCUGCAAAAUAAAUAUGUAAUGUGAUAGUUCAUCUGAGACUAGUGCUGCAGCACAAGGGAGUAACCCCCUCUGCCAGGUAAAGGGGGGGGACACACCUGGGCCUCUACUGAGCCCCUCCAUUAUACCUGGGUAUUUAGUACCCUCUUCCCCCUCUCAGCACCACUGACGUCAUCUGUUAAAGCCGAUGCUCAAGGGCAUAGCACGUCUAAGUCAGGGCAUCUAAAAUAAAAACCCAGUAUACAGUAGAAAAAAAAAAAAAAAAAGACACUUUUUAUAAAGGGAAGGUUUGGUGCAUAAAAACAAAAUUGCCAACAUGACAUCCACCACACGCAGUGGCAAGGAAAGGCUCAGGCCUUGGCCUUUUCUGAGUGGUGGUUCUGCACCUGUCAGUGAGGCAUCUUCUGCUGCCUCUCAUGAUGAUGCAACCUCAUCACUCAAAGUCUAGAAGAGGUGUAAAAAAACUGAAAACCACUAAGGCAGUAGAACAAACUGCGCAUUCAGAAACAGAAAUGUCACAAAUCCUUGAAGAGAGCAGGUCCAGAUUAACAAUGGGGCAGAUGGAGCUCCAGCUCCAGGCCCCAGAUAAAAAUAGGCCCAUCAUCAUGACAGCAUGAUAAUGAUUAACUGCUCAGCUGGUCACAUGGUUGCCAUAAAUGAUAAGAAUUAAAAUGAUAAUUUGAAUUCCUCA